AUGAGCUCGCAGUUGAGCACGCACCAUAGUCGGAAAUACUUUUGCAUGUUUGCACUAUUUCUACACGAGCAAGAAAUUGGAAGCCCACACCGUGGACUGCUGAGAGUGCUGCAGAAGGCACAACCGGAGACGGAACACGCGUCAUACGUCUAUCAACAUCAUCGGGUCUGUAGUAUAGCAUACUACGUACAGUGCUCGUACGACAAAACGUUAUCGACGUAUCAAUUUUGUCGCGAUAAUGACUGCGUCGCGUGGUUCACCGAAGAACUCAAAGGAUUGGUGCAUUGCGUAAAGAACAUCUUGUUCGACAUUGUAUGCAUGGUAGAUCUAACGCGAGACGAGUGGGACACAUUUCACAGCGCGGCGCAAUGUCACAUUUGUGAAAAACCGUUUGCGCCGGAUAAAAAUCGUGUACGCGAUCAUUGCCACCUGACCGGGCGUUACAGAGGUCCAGCACAUUCGACGUGCAAUCUGAAUUAUAAAGAUUCUCACUUCAUCCCAGUAAUAUUCCACAAUCUGUCGGGCUAUGACGCGCAUUUCAUUAUCAAGGAGAUAGCUGUCGCGUUCGAAGGCUCCGAUGUACUGCCUAUAACAAAGGAAAAGUACAUCUCAUUCACUAAACACGUGAAAAACACCGCGGAAAGAUCAGAUUUGCGAAGCGAUAUAAAAUUAGAAUUCAUCGACUCGUACAAAUUUCUGAGCGCGAGUCUCGCAAAAUUGGCAUCCUUCCUCGAUAAAAAUAAAUUAAAAAUUAUACGUUCCAAAUUUUCCACGUUAUCCGACGACGAUUUCGAAUUAUUGACGCGAAAAGGUGUCUUUCCAUACGAAUACGUGGACAGCGUCGAAAAGCUGGAGGAUACGUGUUUACCGCCGCACGAUUCAUUUUACAGUUCCUUGACCGGUGAAACCGUAUCCGAGAGCAAUUACGCGCACGCCGCGAACGUAUGGCAGCGAUUCUUCGUUCGAACCCUGGGCGAAUACAGCGAUCUAUACCUGAAAACCGAUGUCUUGCUGUUGGCCGACGUGUUUGAAAAUUUCCGAGACAUCUGCGUCGUGAGUUACGGACUUGAUCCCGCGUACUACUGCACCUUACCAGGCUUUACGUGGGACGACAUGUUGAAACAUACAUGUAUCAAUUUCGAAUUGCUGACCGACAUUGACAUGGUUAUGUUUAUUGAACGUGGUAUUUGCGGCGGUCUGAGUCAGUGUUUCGGCAGAUACGCGCAGGCCAACAACAAGUACAUACAUGCAGUCGUACAGUCCAUCGAAACCGUCGUCGUACCUAAUGUACUUCAAUGUCAACAACUUGUACGGCUGGGCGAUGUCGCGAUCGCUUUAAAUUCGCCUACGGGCUAUAUUCUCGAGGUUGAUCUAGAGUAUCCGCAGGAUAAACACGACGCGCACGCUGACUUACCGUUCUGUCCGAUGCACGCUAAACCGCCCGGCAAACGGCAGGACAAACUUCUUGCCACGCUGCACGAUAAGAAGCGUUAUGUCAUCCAUUAUCGUAAUCUGCAGCAAUGCACGCGUCACGGCCUUCGCGUCACAAAAAUAAAUCGCGUAUUGCAAUUCGCUCAAUCUGAGUGGCUCCGCUACAUCGAACUCAAUACAAAAUUUAGGACACAGGCCAAAAAUGAGUUCGAAAAAACUUUAUAUAAAUUAAUGAAUAACGCUGUUUUUUGGAAAACGAUGGAGAAUGUACGCAACCACGUCGAUGUAAAAUUACUGACGAAGUGGGACGGACGAUACGACGCGGAGGCAAUAAUCGCGCGACCGAAUUUCCACAGCAGGAGCGUGUUUUCGGAAAAUCUGGUAGCCGUCGAACUGCGCAAACUCGAGGUGAAAUUCGACAAACCGAUCUACGUCGGCAUGUGCAUCCUCGACUUGUCGAAGGUGUGCCUAUACGAAUUUCACCACGAGUACAUAUCUCCCCUGUACCGCGACUCGUGUAAAAUCAUGUAUAUCAUGUACACCGACACGGACAGUCUGAUUUAUCAUAUCGAGUGCGACAACACGUACGAGAGCAUGAAACAUGAUAUAGUCAGGUUUGACACAAGUGACUACGCGGUAGAUAACGCUUAUAGUAUGCCUCUCGUCAAUAAACAAGUGCUGGGCCUGAUGAAGGAUGAAAACAACGAUGCCAUUAUGACUGAAUUCGUUGGCGAAAAUGUUACUAGGGCACCUCCCGCUAUCUCGAAUUAUUUUGGCGAUAGCGUCGGCUGUCUCGCUGCUGCCUUUGCUGCCCUUAAGCGGCACAGCCCACACGUACUUGCUCAACACAUCGAUGACGUGCAUCGUUCGUAG